UGCGGCCUCGGACAGCGCUGGGGAAGGGGCGGCUGAGCCCGGCCGGGGGGCUCCUCCUUUUCCAGCUGGCGGGGGCCGGUCUGAGCUGCUGGGAUGGGGAGGGGAAUGCCGUGCCCUGCAAUGUUCCGGUGAGUCCCCGGGGUGUCCCCUCCCGUUUUCCGGGGCUGCUUCUGCCUGCGGUAUUUGGGUUCCUGCACCUGGCACCAGCACCCAGCCCUCUGCCCCGUCAGCAGGGUGUCCCUGGGUCCCCCAGCGAUGCCCCUCUAGCCUUAAACGGUUCUGUGGUCCCAGGGACACUCCUGUGUCCCCCGGUGCCCUCAAAGGUGGCCUUGUGUCCCGCUAUGACCCUGUACCCCCAAGGAUGUCCCUGUGUCACCAGCUGAACAAGCUGCCUCCAGACAAAAACCCGUGUGAGCCCCCAUCUGCCCUUCCAAGGCCUGACCCCCCAUCCGGGGUGACUUUCAGGAGGGCCCACAUAGCCUCCCUUCUCUGUGGAUCUCAGGGUACAUCCAGGAGCCCCCUGAGCUGUCCUGAUGCUCACUCUGAGCAUCCCCAGCCCUGGCUGGAGAGAGGAGGGAAUGUGACAGCCAGUGCCAUGGGUGUGGUGGGUGCUGGGGGGCAGCCCCAGGGCGGGUGCUGCCUGGGACAGGUGUUGGGGGGAAGCCUCGGGGAAUGGGAUCCAGCUCCUGCCCAGGGAAAGGAUGUUCUCCAUCAGGGACAGGAUCAUCUGCUCCCGGGGAGCACCCCUCAGGGCAGGACAGUAUGGGUGCCCAGAGAUGUGUCCCCAGCAGGCAAGUCAGACCCCAUCCUCAUGUCCCUGCAACCCUCUUGCUGCACUGGCCACCACAUCUGGGUGGGGAUGUGGCACCCCGAAGGGACAGCACCCUAUUCUGGGGGGACACGUGUGCUCCGAGGGGACGCGUUUGUCUGCCUGGCAGGGAAGGGGUUAACGCCGAGAGGGUUUUGGGGUGCCGGGGUGUCCCCAGCUGGGUACACCCAGGCUGCUCCUCGCACGGGUGACCUCACGCCACUGCCAUGGCAACGCCUCGUGAAGUCACGGCGAGCGGGGCGGCUGCCUCGAGCUGGGGGUGCGGGGACGGGAGCGUGGGAGGCAGCGCCGCUUCCCCCCCGCUCGCUGCCAGCCGCCCCAGUAUGAGCCCGGUCCCCGGCAGCGCCGACGCCUCCGCCUGACCCCCGUCCUGCCCGCCGUGCCCGUGUCACCCCGCCCGAGGUGUCACCAUGCUGGUCAAGGAGUACCGCAUCUGCAUGCCGCUCACCACCGAGGAGUACCGCGUGGGGCAGCUCUACACCAUCAGCAAGCACAGCCACCAGGAGAGCGAGAAGGGCGAGGGUGUGGAGGUGGUGAAAAACGAGCCCCACGAGGACCCCGUGCACGGCCCCGGGCAAUUCACUGAGAAGCGAGUCCACCUGUCCAGCAAACUGCCGAGCUGGGCACGGGCAGUGACCCCCCGCAUCUUCUACAUCACCGAGAAGGCCUGGAACUACUACCCCUACACCAUCACGGAGUACACGUGCUCCUUCCUGCCCAAGUUCUCCAUCUACAUCGAGACCAAGUACGAGGACAACUGCGGAGACAGCGAGAAUAUCUUCCACAGUGACAAAAUCCUGGGCGACCACGAGGUCUCCUUCCUGGACAUCGCCUUUGAUGAGAUCCCUGAGCGCUACUAUCGCAGCCUGGAGGACCCCCGUUUCUUCAGCUCGGCCAAGACGGGCCGGGGGCCGCUGCGGGAGGGCUGGCGCCAGCACACCAAGCCCAUCAUGUGCUCCUACAAACUGGUGAGCGUCAAGUUCGAGGUGUGGGGGCUGCAGACGCGGGUGGAGCAGUUCGUGCACAAGGUGAUCCGGGACAUCCUGCUGAUCGGGCACCGGCAGGCUUUUGCCUGGGUGGACGAGUGGUGCGGGAUGACGAUGGAGGAGGUGCGGCGCUACGAGCAGGAGACGCAGGAGGCCACCAACGAGCUCAUCGGCCUGGUGGCACCGGCCAUCUCGGUCAGCGAGGUGGGGCAGCCCACGGCCACGCACUCGGCCCCUGCCAGCGCCCCCUCCACCCCCCUCAGCGACGAGGCCCCCGAGUUCCUGGCUCCCCCCAAGACUCGCCCGCGGAAGAAGUCGGCGCCGGAGACCCUGACUCUGCCCGCGCUGCGGGAACGCGCUGGCGCCGAGUGACACCAGCAGUGCCACUCCAUGCCGGACUGUGCCAGCUCUGCCGCCCACCCUGGCCCCGCCGACAGGCGCAGAGCCCAGGGAGGGACCCGGACCCGCUGUCAGGGCGCUGGCAGCCCUGGAGUGUGCUGGCCUCCCUGAGCCAACGUGGGUGCCCACACGGCUCAGUGCCACCACUGCCACGCCAGACCCGCUGGCUGCACCAGGAGGGGACGCCAGGCCAGCGCGGGUCCCCGGCAGCGUCGGGCGAUGCCGCAGAGCUGCUUCCCUCGACUCCACCCGCCCCGGUGUCCGCAAGGGCCUCCGAGGCUGGCGAGCAGUGGGGAGGUGCCAGCUGGCGUCCACUUGCCGUGGCCGGCCUGGUGGCCAGUGUCAGGCUGGAGCAGUGCCCUGCAGGGUAGGCGCCAGCGUGGGGGCACGGUGAGGGUGACAGUGACAGCCAAGCACUGGGCUGGGGCUCCCCACAGGACCCAAGGGGCUGCACAGCCCCUUGACGGCUGGUCCUGCAGUCAGGGUCCCCUUCGCUGUCCCUCCAGAGACCGUGGCAGCUCGAGGGGGCCUGGGGUGGGCUCAGCCCCUUGUUUUCUUUAGGAAAACAAAGGCCUUUUUGGAAAUAAAGCUCGAGACACGGCA